UCACAAAUCCCAAAAGGAAACCAAUCUAUGCCUCCUGGAGCAGUCCUACGCUCUCUUGCCCCCCGAAGCUUCAGGACACGGAUGCGAAACAUCGACCGAAUAACGAAGGGUCUCUGCCAGGAGACAUCGAUGGACGGUCUAUAACUUGAGAGAGCUGGUUCGAAGGUGAUCUGAACGAUCUACGACAAUCAUCCUACGAUCACAACCUACACUUCCACCAACGGGAAUGAGUUCCAGUAGCGGCCUUCGCGAUGGCCUCAGCCCCGGUGCCGCAACGAACACAACCUCACGAUCGAACUCGGCAAUCCGAUCACGCACACGCCGCUUAGUCUCGUUCAAUGACGACGAGGAGGAGAAUAGCGGAAUGACACGGCCGUCGUCUGCGCUGUCCUCGAGCCUUGCGUCGGAUCGACAAACUGCCCGAUCUCGAGGUGCGACGCCAUCGCCGUUCACAUCAAGAGGAGCUUCCCCCCUUCCCAUGAGUCAUCCCUCGCGAGCUACGGAGUCCGUGAAUAAUCGUGGUAGACAGAAUGGUGGGGGCGGUGGUUCUUCAGGUGCGUUCAGUUAUGAUGGGAAGGAUCAGCUUGGUUUUGCUGAGUCGUCGCGGGCUGCUGUAGAUCUUUUGGAUGCGUCUUGGUCGUCGCUGCAGAGUCUGGCUUCCUCGGUUUUAGGGAGUGAUAUUGCUCGGCCGGCUGCCAAUGGUAGUCCGCGGGCGCAUGCUAGGAAGCCGUCUCGUUCGGACCCGUGGAUGCGGAAUACUUCGAGGACCAGUACGCCGUCGUCAUGGGGGCCGUCAUCACCAGGGACGCCGGAGAUUGGAUCUGGGACGAGAGAGGAGCGGCAAGCGUAUGUGCAAGCAAAGAAGCGGGAAGCGCUGCUUCUGGCGGAUACAGGGCCGAGUACUAGCCUGAACACACGACACAAACGGCGAGAUUCCAGCGAUACCCCGGUUCACUCAACCAUUGAUCCUGAUCAGGAUGAAGAGGCGUUGGUGUACAUACACCAUGUCCAGAAGACCGACACCAUGACUAGUGUUACCAUCCGAUAUGGUUGCCAACCAGCAAUCUUUCGAAAGGCCAAUGGCUUUUGGCCUAGCGAUAGCAUUCAGAGCAGGAAGACAGUUCUUCUACCGGUGGAUUCUUGCUCGGUCAAGGGGCGACCCAUUCGUUCUAAGACAAAUACAGAUCUUUUGGAUGGUACGGAGGGCCUCGAUGGGAGCUCGAUCUCCCCAGCACCGGAUGGUACAGAUCGGAAAGAAGCGACAUCGACCGAGGUUGAAGGGGACCGGGUAUGGAAGCCCGAAUCAUGGGUACAGAUCGAGAACUUUACAGAUCCCGUGGAAAUCGGACGUGUCCCUCGAAGGGCAUUGGGAUUCUUCCCGCGUACGCGCCGGAAAUCUAUUUCUUACUCUGACGCAGAAUCGCCAUCGAUAUCCCAGGGAACGACAACCGACACGGCAUCAUCAUCCGUAUCCUCUCUUCACGAUUCGCAGUCCUCACAAUCCACCGUCAUUCCACCAAGCCGGCCACAUGCGGGUCCGCCAGGGUUUAAAAAGCCCGGCGCCCGCCACCAACGCCAACGCAGCAACAUCCAACUCGCAGGCCCAGGAGUAGGCACACUAGACCGCAGCACAAUGGCCCCGGGGCCUGCUUUAGACGGCCUAAGCAAAUUCCUGUCCCAACACCUACCAACCCUAGCGCCCCCGCCGCCACCAACCACCAACCCAGACAGCGGCGCCUUCGAAUCAACCUCUACCACACACGGUACCGCAGCGAACAGCCUCGAUAACAUCGGCGGCGCAUUCGAAGGCUGGUUCAAGAAAGUGACAACCCGCGCAAAGGCCGGCUUCAACGAACUCCAGCAAACCACCUCAAACCCAGGCAGUGGCCGACUGCAACCUACAACAACGGAAAGCGACCUAAUCGAAAUGGACGACAGCUUGGAAUCGAGAAAUAAUUAUAAUCUCUUGGGAGAGCCCGGCAGGAAACCAGAUUACAACCGUGCCGGAUCAUCCGCAUCUGCCCUGGGAGAUCGACACGGCAACGGGACGAGCAGGACUCGUACCACCGGUGGAUCGAGCUAUAAGGAUGAUUGAUUGAUCCUGAAUCAUCAUUUCUGUGCCAGUACAUACAUAAUAGAUCUUUGCGUUCGAUUCAGAGUCUUAUGUCUUUGCUUGCCAUUAUCCAGCGCUGAGCUUGAGCUUGAGCUUCAAUCGGUUUUAUACUACCCCCUUCAGUGAAUCGUGUUUUGUUUCUCAGUA